GGAAAGAAAACCAAACGAGGAAUAUCUCGUUUCAAUCAACGCUGGAAAGCGACAAAACCUAAAAAUGGGAUAUUUCGGUGCGGCGGCGGCGGCGGCGGAGGAGGUGGAGGUGGAGAGUUGCGGUGGUGGUGGUGGCGACGACGAAGCUAAACGGAAACUCGACCACUAUGUCAUAGAGCUUCACGACGGAGCACCGGCGGAAAUUUUAGAGCAUGCAAACUCAAACAACAAUUGCUCUCUCUCCGCUGCCGAGAUGGAGUCUCUCGCCGCUCUCUGUGACACAUUCUUGCCGUCGGUUGUCAACACCGCCGACGGAUCCGCCGCUAUGUUCUUUGAAACCUCCGCCUCCGCCGCCGGAACUCCCGAAAAGGUAGGGAAGAUGAUAAAGGAGAGAGUGAAGCAUCCAAAGAAAUGGUUGGUAAGAGUGAGCCUAUGGAUGCUAUCAACAUGGUAUGGGACGUACAUUCUUUGUGGGAAUAGAAGCCUUUCCCACCAUUUCCCAUACUUCCAGACCUUUCCAAAGCUUUCCCAAACCAAAAGGGAACAAAUUGUGGUUUCAUGGUCUCUAAGCUAUUUCUUCCUUCUCAGAAUGUGGUUCAGAACCAUCAAGAUCUUCUGUCUCCUUACAUUCUUCACACAGGUUGAUGAUAAAACGAACAACAUAUCAUGGCAAGCAAUAGACUACCCGGGAGCGGACCCCCAAUUCAAAGCCAAAACUAAGCAGUUAGAAGCAUCAAACCAGAAGGAAAAUGACAGAUCAAGAGAAGUUGAGGAAGAUAAAGAAGAGCUUUACGGACCUCUAUUCAAAGGCAUUGUCAAUCUCGACAACCAACAAGCAGCAGCAGCAGCAGCAGAAGCACUUAGAAAGUUUGGAUUUCCAGUCACUCUUCUAUCCCCAAUGAUCAAAGCUUCCAGCCCUUCAAUGAUCAUCAAGUGCGACGCGGUGGUCGUCGGGUCUGGGUCGGGUGGCGGAGUGGUGGCUGGAGUGCUUGCCAAUGCAGGGUACAAAGUGGUUGUAUUAGAGAAAGGAAGCUAUUGUGCAAGAACAAAUCUGUCACUCCUUGAAGGACCAGCCAUGGAAGAAAUGUACCUUUCAAGUGGGUUAGUAGCAACUGAUAACAUGAAUGUGCUUGUCCUUGCAGGCUCUACUGUUGGUGGAGGCUCCACAGUGAAUUGGUCAGCUUCAAUUCAAACACCAAGCCAUGUAACAAGAGAAUGGUCAGAUGAGUAUGAAUUGGAGCUGUUCAGCAGCAAUUUAUACAAGGAAGCAAUGGAAGUUGUGUGCAAGAAAAUGGGAGUUCAAUCAGAAAUUCACAAUGAAGGGUUUAACAAUGCAGUUUUAAGAAAAGGGUGUGAAGAAUUGGGUUACCAUGCUAUCAAUAUUCCUAGAAAUUCAACUUCUGAUCAUUACUGUGGCUGGUGCUGUCUAGGCUGCAAAGAUGGGAGAAAGAAGGGCACUGCAGAGACAUGGCUUGUGGACUUGGUGAGGUCGGGAAAUGGCGUGAUACUUCCCGGCUGCGAAGCCAUUAAUAUCAGGAAGGAGAAGAACGACGGGAGCGAACGCAACAGAGCGAAAGGUGUUGCGUUCGAGUUCGGGUGUGGUUCAGGAGUGAAACAGGUGUGCUUGGUUGAGUCCAAGGUGACUAUAGUAGCAUGUGGGGCUCUCAGUACUCCUCCAUUGUUGCUAAGAAGCGGCUUGAGGAAUCCAAAUAUUGGCAAAAACUUGCAUCUUCAUCCUGUAACAAUGGCGUGGGGCCAUUUCCCUGCAGAAACUGAUAAACCAUGGCCAGAGGAACACAAAAAAAGCUAUGAAGGUGGGAUAAUGACAGCCAUGUGCAACAUUAGAUCAGAACCAGAUCAAGAACCUGGAAGUGGAGGAGCAGUAAUUCAGACACCAGCAUUGCACCCAGGACUCUUCUCAAUCUUAAUGCCAUGGCUCUCUGGGUCAAAUAUAAAGCAAAGAAUGCGCAAAUUUUCCAGGACAGCCCAUGUAUUUGUAUUGGCAAGAGAUAAAGGAUCAGGAACAGUCAAAUCUCCAAACUGUAUCAGCUACAAUAUGGAGGAAGUGGACGAAGAGAAUCUACAGAAAGGACUAGAGAAGGCUUUGAAAAUUUUGGCGGCAGCUGGGGCAGAGGAAAUAGGGACCCACCAUAACAAGGGAAGAAGCAUAAAUGUGAAGAAAGUGAGUUACCGUGAGUAUGAGAAGUUUGUGAAAGAGGAAAGUUCAAGGGCAUUGAAGGAUUUGAAGACGCCAAUCUGUUCGGCUCACCAAAUGGGAAGUUGCAGAAUGGGAAUUGGAGCAAGGGAUUCUGUGGUGGAUCAGAGAGGGGAAACAUGGGAAGUGGAAGGGCUCUUUAUUGCUGAUUCCAGUGUUUUUCCAACUGCUUUGGGAGUGAAUCCAAUGGUUACUGUUCAGGCUAUUGCUUAUUGCACUGCACAAUCCGUCCUUGAAACUCUUAAGAGGAAGAGAAAUUGAUGUAAUUUGGGGUUAAUAUAUCACAAUCCGUCAUUUAUUUGGGAAUUUUUAUGGUUUGGAUGAACAUUCUGAAAAUAAUAUAAAGAAGGGUGUGCUACAUAAUGGGUUGGACAAAACUAAGUUGGGUUAAACAGAUCUUCUGGGAAAUCAGAAGGGUAUUUGAUUG